AUAGAUAGGGAACAUCGUGUGCUCAAGUUUGUUUUGAUCUUUUAUGCAUACACAUAAACGUACAAACAAACAUAAACCUAACUAUAACCUAUGGCAGCCAUGUUUAGGAAAACCGUUUAUUCGACGCUUGCAAAAGAAGCUCCAAACCCAUGCAUAUGGUACGCCAGAUUUUCACAGGAUGUUGGACGCGACUCCCUGGUUGAGCCGACUAGACCAAAAAUGGUCACCCAAAUCCCUGGACCAGAAUCCUUAAAUCAGUUGCACCAACUGGACCAGAUUCAGAACACAGAUGCGGUAGCUUUUUUCGCGGACUACAGUCAAAGCUAUGGAAAUUACAUCGUAGACGCAGAUGAUAAUGUAAUGCUGGACAUGUUUACACAAAUGGCGUCCAUUCCUAUCGGUUAUAAUCAUCCAAAACUGGCAGAGACGAUGAGUAAAAAGGAAAAUUGGAGCACUUUCAUCAAUCGACCUUCCCUGGGAGUUUUCCCCCCAAACAACUGGAACCAGCUUCUUAAAGAGGAUCUCUUAUCGGUUGCUCCUUUGGGAAUGGAACAAGUCCAGACCAUGUCUUGUGGUUCCUGUACAAUAGAGAACGGACUAAAAGCCAUGUUUAUAGCUCACGAAAGAAGGAGAGGCGGGGCGCCACCGACACCGGAAGAGAUGUCCUCUUGUAUGUGUAACUUGCCACCAGGGAGCGCUGAUAUCACCAUUCUGUCCUUUACAGGAUCGUCACACGGCUGGACACUGGGUGCGCUGGCGGCAAGUCACGCUAACUGGAUGCAGAAGUUGGAUUUAAGAACCAUGAAGUGGCCUGUAGCGACUUUCCCUUUACUGAAAUAUCCUCUGGAGGAAAACGAGGGGGAAAACAGAAUGGAAGAAGAGCGCUCAUUGAGUGAGGUAGCAGAUAAAAUAGAGCAGUACAAGAAAGAUGGCCGCCCUGUUGCCGGGUGUUGUGUAGAACCUGUACAGUCUGCAGGGGGAGAUAAUCACGCCAGUCCGUGGUUUUUCAGAGAACUCCAGAAAAUAUGUAAACAAAAUAAUGUAGCUUUGUUAAUUGACGAAAUCCAGACAGGAUGCGGAUCGACAGGAAAGUUUUGGGCCCAUGAACAUUUUGAAUUACCCGAGCCCCCCGACCUCAUGGCCUUUGGUAAAAAGAUGCUUGCAGGAGGGUUUUACUAUCGGGGAGAAAUGAGGCCAUUGGAGCCAUUUAGAAUUUUUAACACUUGGGUGGGCGACCCCUCUAAAAUUGUGUUGCUUAGGGCUGUGUUAGACACGAUAAAGGAAGAUAACUUGUUAGCUCUCGUGUCGGACACAGGGACACACCUCCUUAAAGGGCUAAGGGAUAUCGAACAAAAAUAUCCUUGCUACGUCAGUAAUGCCCGUGGUCUUGGGACACUGUGCGCCGUGGAUUUUCCGAACGAUUCUCAAAGAGAUAAAAUCAUUCAUCAUCUACGAAAUAAGGGUAUAAACACUGGUCCUAGUGGAGACAAAUCCAUCAGACUUCGACCUUCCUUGAUCUUUACAAAGAAGCAUGCUGAUAUUUUCUUGGAGAUUUUUGAAUCAACAAUAGAAAACAGAAUGGCAUGAUUGACAAUAUUGCAGGUUUACUCAGCAACUUAUCGGUCUAAGUCUAUUACAUUGUAUAUGUAGAGGCCUAGCUGUGGACCUUGAAGAUGUUAUACGCGUUUGUUAUACUUGUAUAAAUUAAAUACUUUUUAGUUUUA